CGAAAGUAGAAGGUUUUUCUUUCAUCCUUCUUCAUAAAUCACAUGAUAAAUAUUGUACAAAAUGGCGACUGCAGCCGCUCGUGGAAGACUCAUCGCUGUAAUUGGGGAUGAGGACACAUGCACUGGCUUCAUUUUAGGGGGCAUCGGAGAGAUUAACAAGAACAGGCAACCCAAUUUUCUGGUGGUGGACAAAGUAAAUACAAGUAUAGGAGAGAUUGAAGACUGCUUCAGAGGCUUCUUGAAGAGAGAUGACAUUGCAAUUAUUCUGAUCAACCAGACUAUUGCAGAGAUGAUUCGUCAUGUGAUAGAUAAGCACAUCAGCCCCAUUCCUACAGUACUUGAGAUACCCAGUAAAGAUUCCCCCUAUGAUGCUUCCAAAGAUUCUAUACUCCGGCGUGCUAAGGGAAUGUUUUCUGCUGAAGAUUUCCGCUAAACAAGGACCUAUGAUCUGUCCUGGGGUUUUUUUUCUUCUCCACCAGUAUAUUAUGGCUGUAUGUCACCACUCUGACACAUAUGUAUCUGAUGCCCUCUAGCUUUGACGAAGGUUUUAAAAAAAUUUUAAGACAAACAGUAAUUUUACAACUACAGAUUUUUGUCCAUUUCACAAGUGACAUGAAUUAAACUUUGAAUUGUCUCCCUUAAUAUUUUCUUUUACUAAUGAAAUGGGGAUUCCUAUUCCACGUGUCCUGGCCUGAGAUCCACAUUGUGUCAUUAGUAAAAGAAUAAGAAAAAUGAAACCUUUGUAUCAUAACUCUUGUCAACAAAUAUUUCCAGGUAGUGUCCCUGAAGUAUUUGGCUUCAUUUGACAUAAAUACUUGCAGUCAUCAUAGUGCAGUUACAGAACAAUAUCAUUCCAAAAUAAUUUUUAUGAAGAGAUUUCUUGGGAUAAUGGGUCAGAGUAUUCAUUUUACAUCUAUAUUUUGUGAGAUUAUUUAAUCGCAAACAUUGAAUCAAAUUUCUUCAUUUGCUGCCUUAUUUAUUUUGCAUAAUAGGUGUAAAUUAAAGGUUGACUAAAUUGCUGACUCAGUUUACUUACUGUUCAUUGGUUUGUAAGCGCAUAGAGAUCAACAUAUGGAUGAACAUGUUGUGAGUUUUGUUGGAGCUGCUUUUAUCAAGUGUGAGCUGUUAUGAAAUGGCAGUAGAGAACUAUGUAUGAAGAAAGUAAAUCUAUCCAAGA